GACGCAGCGGCGCCGGCGCCGGCGACCACCACAUCUCCCGCUCCCGCCCCCCAAAAAUGGCGCCUCCUCCCCUCAACGACCUCACCCGCCUGCUCGCCGAGGUAGCUUCCCGCCCCGCCGGCGGCGAAUCACUCUCCGCCUCCAUCUCCUCCCUCGCGGCGGCCCUCAGCCCCAGCGCCCCCGCCUCCGGAACCGGUGUCCUCGACGCCGCGCUCUCCCUCAUGUGCUUCGACCCACAAGAGGUGGAUAGGGCUCGCCUGGACUGCCUGGUCCGCACCACCGUCUCCGCGCUCUCCGACUCGGCCUCGUGCCGAGUGGUGCGGACCGACGAACGGAGCGGCGGCGAGAUGCUCUGCUUCGGGAGCUCCGUCUCCCCCGGGGACUGCUGCGAGCUGGUCCGCUCCUGUGCUGCCCUCGUCGAUAAAUUGGGGGAUCUUGAUGUUGCGGGUCACUCUUAUGACCUUCUGCACGCCGUUGUGAAAACGGCGCUGCUAUCUCCACAUUACCAGUCUCUCUUUCCUUUGCCAUAUUACAGAGAAGAUGGAGAAACCGGUUAUGAAAUGGGUACCAUCGGCAUCGAUUUAGCAAGGCAUCCAUCUUAUCAAGUGCUUCCCGGUGAUGGCUCGAUCCCGCCGAGGGCCCUUCUGUGGCAUCUCGACCCAUCGGUUCUAAAACAUGAUCUUUCAGAGAUGCUACGGGAAGCAGUUGCAAGGCCCUUGCUUUAUCUGAGGAAAGAGUUACAUGAUCGGGUAUCAUGGCGUGUGAUUGUAAUAUGUUUGGUUUGCUCCCCGCCUGCAUUCUUGGAGAUGCGAUCAUUACUCCAUAUAUGGUUUCUUGCAACGGGUAUGGGUUCUGUGCUAGAACUUUGCACAGCAAUGGUAUCAUCAGUAUUAGAUGUUCUUCUCGAGCCGAUGGGAUGGGGAAUAUCCAUGGAACUGGGGCAGAAGUUUCCCUUCGCACAUGCUUAUUUCCCAAGCCAGCAAAGGGACUUGCUUGCCAUACUAACUGGACCCAUAUCAUGCAGAAGAUUUAUGGACCUUGUUUCUUGCAUAGAAGCUAUGGUUUGUUUGGGUAACACAAGAAGCGGCAACUCUUUAUGGAACAGCAUACAAUCACAACCAUCAAAGGGAUCACACUUUGGCAAAAAACCAUCAUCAAAGGGAUUGGUCAAAUUCGAAUAUAGUUCUGCUUGGUUGAUGAUUACAAAUUUCCCUAUCUGGUUCAGUUUUGCUACUGCCUUACUUUUUCAUCAGAAUGGUUCACAAGGUUAUUUAUCAGAAAUAUUAUCCAGGGAGAAAACUGCUGAAUCAAUAAGUGAUAUCAGUCUUGCUCAGAGGGCAGCAUUUUACCUUUCGUGGGUCUUAUGCCCUUCUAAUGUAGAUGAAAGACAGAUAUUGGCUAACAAUAUGGUGGACUUAUCACAUGCUUGGGCUAGGAACAACAAAAGACGCCCCAGUUAUGCAUACCAUACUAGUACUGUAAAUCACAGGAGGAAAUUGCGAAUACCCACAGCAGAGGUUACGGGGAAACUUUAUGCAUCAACCAACCCUGUCAGUUCCCUUAUUGAAGAAUUUGAUGACCACUGUGUGAAGUUCAGUAACAUUACUGCUGUUAGUCAAGUGCAAGAUGAAGACACAUCAGACAUCCCUCUCGCAUGCCCUAAUUUUCUGCAUUUGCAGAUUCCUUUAGGGGUGUUGCUUGUGUCCUCUAGCUGUAUUAGUGAGCAGGAAUGUAACGUGAUUCUGCACUACACAAACACUGGUCUAGUUCUAGAGUCAAAGGAAGUGCAGGAAAAAAUGAAAGAUCAUUUUGGUCAUGAUGGUUUUUCAUCCACCUAUAGAGGUUUUAAUGAAAGACGGGCUUUAAGUGGUGCAUAUCUCAUCUUUGGCUGGCUUGACAUCAUUGAUGAUAUGUCUGGAGCGAUCUUUGAAUCUGAAGAUACAUGUCGUCAUUUUGUCAGUGAACUAAGAACCAGGAUGUGCCCAUACUUGCUCAAGUGUGUAAAUUUAUUGCUGAAUCAGGCAGGUCAAGAUAAAGAUUUUAUAAUUGAUCUCCGUGACAGGUUGCUGAACUGGAGUAAUAAAGGGCAGAGUUUUGAUGGUUGCGAGGCAUUCAAAGACGUUAUCCUUCAAAUAAAUAGAAAAGUUAUGCUCCCACCACAGCAAUGACCAGGGCUUUUAUGUAACUGUGAAUGUGUCCUGACGGAUUCCUGGUCUUCCUUUGGUGGUUAUACUGCUGGACAUGAGCUGUUGAGUAUAAACAUAUCCAGCCAGCUCUUGGUACUUUUCUAUCAGAGUUCUGAGGUUACCACAACUCCCAGCUAUUUAAGCAGUGCAACUGUAUGGGCUCUGAUCGCUUCUACCCUAGUAGAUAAUGUAAAGUGACGUCUCAGUUCUAGAUAGUGUAAACUAACAUCUGUGGAGCAUACAUUGGAUCAGGCAAACUAGUAACACUGACUUCAGUUGCAAAUUUAGCUGUUGCCUCCUAUCUUGACGUUUCCACUUCAUUUUCUGUCAUGACCACUAAUAUUGAUUGAUGUGCUUGAACCCAUAAUUAAAAUGGUUGCAAUCACCAGUUUAUUUAGGCAAGUAUCAUCACAUACCAUACCUAUCUUACCAAUAUGCAGGAGAUAUUUAUAUUUAGACUGAGCCGCUGAGGGACUUCUACAUGACACGGGGCUUAGAUACACACUGUAUGUUUGCUGAUUCUCUUGCUGCUGCACCACUGCUUCUGGCCAACUAUUUUGUUGUGCACUAACUACUCCAGUCUACUAGUGCCAUUGCUAUAUUUGGUGUUGCAAUAUUUCAGCUCUGCGUUUGGAGAACAGAAAUUACCUCAAUAUUGCAGACCGCGCUAAAUUAAAAUGUUUUGAAGAAUUUUAUAUACAAUAUCAGGCCUACCAAGUGAUAUAACAGUUUGGUUUGGUAUGCUGGUGUUAUUUGUGCCCUUGCCAAACUGGUGAAAUGAUUCUGAUGGGUUAAGUUUUUAAUCAAUUCUUCUUAUUUUUUUUGUGGGACAUUAUUACCUCUUAAUUUUACUUUUCAACUUUGUUACUCUGAAGUGGAUACGAUGUAUAAAGACGACUGAUUUGUUUGCACUUAGCGGCCUCUUUUGUGGCGCUCUACUUCAUGGCUGCUAAUUUCAGACUCCAUAAUUCGUUCCAUGGGGGCUACUUUAAGCACGGAUAGAGAUUUAGAGAUUGUGAUGUCUCAAUCUUUGGAGUGCCAAUUGCAAAAUAAUUAGUUUACGAUCAAUUGGUGCAGGUAAUGGUUUACAUCAAUACAUCUGCUGCAUCAUAGAUAUCGUCUCCCUGAUAACAGGAAUCGCCGACGUCUUGCAUUGAAGAGUUCAAUGCAGGAGACCGUUAAAUGAGCUAGUAUUAAUUGCGUCAUCAAUGUGAGUAUGUGGCAACCAACAAAAAUCUAUAAAAAAUCUUUAGAUUUUAGGUGCAGGGGGUUCACACGUAGCCUUCCAAUUGUAUAUACAGCAGUAAGUGGUACGGCGAUCCAUUAACGCAAUAGCAUUGCAGCCUACUUGCGGCUCCAAGUUGGGCGGGUCAUCGAUCGGGAUGAGGACACGACCCCAUUAUGGUUACUCUCCCUGCACAAACAGAAGAAACAUGUAUUUAAGAUUUAACUUUAAUUACUGAUUAGUCCAAUAAUUUUAUUUAACUAGAUGCAGAGUUGGAACCAUAGAAAAAAUAACAAAUGUCCGUGUUGCUUUUUGUUAAAAAGUUACAAUCAAAUUUGUACCGGUUAAACGUCA